AAUGCCGGUUAUUGGCAUUUCUCUCCUCUCGAGCUGUCACGCUGACAGCUCGAGAGGCGAGGAGAGCCGGGCACUGAUGAUGUGCCCUGAUUAUCAGUGUGGCCCCAGAAGUGCCACCUGUCCGUGCUCAUCAGUGCCAUGUGCCAGUGCCCAUCAAUGACACAUAUCAGUGCCCAUCUGAGCUGCCUUUCAAUGUCACCCAUCAGUGCCAGUGCCACCUAUCAGUGCCACCUAUCAGUGCCAGUGUCGCCUAUCAGUGCACAUCAGUUCCAGCCAGUGCCGCCUCUCAGUGCGCAUCAGUGCCACCUAUCA